AUGUUUUCCAAGAAAGAAAAGGACGUCCAGACGUCGGAUCCAAAGACAGUGCCUCAGUACGACGGCAACUAUCAUGAAGAAGCACCCGAACUCGUCCAGUGCCCACCGCACACGACUGAGGCCAAGCUACUCAGGAGAAUUGACCUACACGUGAUUCCAUUUCUGUGUAUCAUGUACCUGCUAGCUUUCUUGGACCGUGUCAAUAUCGCCAAUGCAAACGUCUUCGGCCUCUCAACCGAGUUGAAGCUCACCGGCAACCGCUACAAUGUAGCUCUGGUCAUCUUCUUCGUCCCGUACAUCCUCUUCGAAAUCCCCAGCAACAUCCUCCUGAAGAAGUUGAAGCCCAGAGUCUGGCUUUCCAUCUGCAUGUUCGGAUUCGGCCUCGUCACCAUGGUCCAAGGCUUUGUGCAGAACUACUCUGGUUUGCUUGCGACCCGCUUUUUCCUUGGCGUAUUCGAGGCGGGCAUGUUCCCGGGCAGCUUCUACUUAAUCGGCAUGUGGUUUAAACGUCAUGAAGCGCAGAAGCGGUACUCAUUUUUCUUCUCGUCGACCACUUUGGCGGGCGCCUUUGGAGGUUUGCUCGCUAGCGCCAUCGGCAAGAUGGACGGUGUGCGGGGCUACAGAGGAUGGAGAUGGAUCUUCAUCCUUGAGGGCCUGCUAACCGUCGUCGUGUCCUUCUUCCUCUUCUUCAUGCUACCCAACUUCCCCGAAGAAACGAAGUGGCUCACAGAGGACGAGCGCGCGUUCGUCAAGGCCCGUCUACAAAUCGACCAGGGCAAGUCUGCGCGCGAUCGCAAGAUGACAGUCAGUGACGUGGGCCGCGUAUUCAAAGACCCCAAAGUCCUCAUUGGUGGCUUCAUGUACUUUGGGUUGAUUGUGCCUGCGUACGGCUACGCGUACUUCAGCCCAUCCAUCAUCCAGGGUUUUGGCUACAGUCCCAUCCAGACACAGCUCCACUCCGUGCCGCCGUGGGCAGCAGCUUUCGGCUUCUCGAUGUUGGUCGCGUAUCUCUCGGACAAGCUGCGGCACCGCUUCCUGUUCACCAUCUUCCCAAUCUGCGUGUGCAUCACCGGCUUUGCGAUUCUGAUCUCGGUGCACAACAACAGGAGUCUUCAGUACGGCGCGCUCUUUUUGGUGGCUAUGGGCGCAUACACAGCAAUGCCCGUGAUUGUGUGCUGGUUCAACAUGAACCUCGGUGGUCACCAUCGCCGCUCAGUUGGGUCUGCCUGGCAAGUAGGCUUCGGCAAUAUCGGGGGGAUCAUCGCCGUCUUCGCCUUCCUCAAGAAAGACGCCCCGAAGUAUACCCCUGGGUACUCGAUCUGCAUCGCGUUCGUGUGCCUCAGUGCGCUGAGCUGCGCCGCGUAUUUCGUGGCGUGCUCGUGGCAGAACCGGCAGCGCGAGAGGAGCGUGCGAGAUGUUGGACUGACCGAGUUCGAGAAGACGGAGUUGGGUGAUCUGAACCCGGACUAUCGGUACCAGUUGUAGGGGUGGACGGGAGGGAUGUGGGAUAGUAGGAAGGGAAGGUGGCUGUAGAGCAUGCUGGGCGUGGCGGGCCUGCUGGUGUGUAACGUCCUUACACUGGCAGGUUACUGCCUAUGUCUGCAUUUACGGUCUCAGGGGCGGGGAGAACUUGCUAAUGCAGUAAUGUAGUAAUGUGUCACAUCUUACUUUCUGCUACUCACAUCGAAGCGUGGAAGUGCUUCUAAGCAAGCCAUCACAUGCUACUCUGUCCGAGCCGCGUCUGCAUAAUAGGUAGGGAGGCCUCUGUAUAUUCUACUACGCGACAGCAACAUGGAGAGAGUGCACAUAAGCUCCAUAGAACACUUUUUUGCCUACAAUUUGAGUAGUCCUCAACUAAUUCUCGGCUCC